AUGCUCGUCUCCCUCACCGUCGGCAAGGUCGACGCGGGCGUUACCGUCCUUCUGACGCCGGAUAAGCGUCUGAUCGAGUUCCCUUCCAUUCUCCUCCCUCCCAACAUCUCGUCCGGAAGCAUCGUCGACAUCAACGUCUCGCAGAACGCGACCAAGGAAGCCGCCGCCGACCGCGCAUUCCGUGCCCUUCAAGAUCAGAUCUAUAACUCGUUUGGCGCCUCGGAGCCCGUCACCCCCGUCCUCCGCUGCCGCAAUGCCACCCAGACUUCGGUCGUCCUCGAAUGGGACCCCAUUCAGCUCGCCACCGCCGACAUCAUGUCUCUGAGCCUCUACCGAAAUGGCCAAAAGGCAGGCAACAUCCCCCGUCCUCUUCAGAUGCACAGCACCAAGAUCAGCGGCCUCGCUGUCGAUACCGAGUACACCUUCCACCUCGUCCUGCGCACCAGCGCCGGCACCUUUAUCAGCGAUCGCGUGCCUGUGAGGACACACAAGAUGACGGACCUGAGCGGUAUCACUAUCACAACGGGCAUUCUGCCGGGAACUACCAAGGAGAACUUGAUCAAGGCGGUUGAGCGCAUUGGUGCCAAGAUUGUCGAGGGUGUCCGCAUUGACACGACACACUUUGUCACCACUGAAGGCCGGGGGCAGCAAUGGGAGAAGGCUGUCGAGAGCAACAUUCCCGUCGUACGUCCCGAAUGGGUCGAUGCUUGUGAGAAGACUGGUCGUAUCCUCGGUGUUACAAAGUUCUACCUCGACGCUAUGAAGCCUGGACCCCCGAGCGAAGAGCCUACGCCU